ACAAAUUUAUUUAGGUUCUAACCUAUAUAUUUUAAAGUAUCUGAUAGUAUUUCAUCUUUAUUGCAUAAAACUAUAAAACUUACAAUAUACUUACAAUACAAUACAUAAGAUUUAAAAAAAUACGUAAUAAAAUGUAUUCCAAUUUUUUAUUUUCAAAUAUAUCUACGAAAUAAAGAUAAAGCGAUUUUAUUAAUUAUAAUGAUUUAUAUGGUGACUUUGCACCAGGAUGGAUAUGGAUUGGAAGAAAACAAGAUAUUUCUGAUCAAGAAUGGAGAAUAUGGAUACCAUUAAUAAUAAAAUUAAUACCUUGGUUAUUUCUUCAUCAUUUUGUUAGUCAGAUUGUUAAGAUUACAUCAAAUUUUAUGCUAUUAUGUUGUUGGUACAUCUUUAUAUCCAUGUUAUUUUUAUAUUUUUAUAUUGGAAUAUUGGGCAUGUUAUGUGCAUUAAUGCAACCAAGUAUAUUAUAUAUUUUAACAUAUAAACGUAGCACAUAUACUAUAUGGAUAAUAAAUAUAUUAUUUUUAUUUAUAAUACAUUUUUUAAAAAUUCCGAAUGGUUUCUUUCAAAAUAUAUUUAAAUUUAAUGAUGAAGAACAUUAUAUUUUAACUCUCAUAAUGUGUUGGAUUCAAUUAAGAAGUAUUAGCUAUUGUAUAGAUAAUAUAAAAUCACAUUUAGAAAAUAAUUAUAAUAAUAUGCUUUUCUUUGUACAAAAUUUUCUAUAUAAAUUAGCAUAUUGUUUAUAUUUGCCUACAUUAUCCUUAGGACCAUUAAUUUUGUAUCAUGAAUUCAUUAAUUCUGUAAUAGAAACAUCCCAAUUUUUAAAACUUGCAAAUUUUGGAAAUUUUAUUUUUAAUUUAAUUAGAUAUAUUUUCUGGAUAUUUUUUACUAACUUUUUCUUACAUUUUCUUUAUUUUAAUGCAAUACAGUAUCAUCCAGAGAUUAUUAAAAACUUAAAUCCAUGGGCUUUAUAUGGAUUAGGAUAUUGUAUGGGACAAUUUUUUUUAAUUAAAUAUGUUGUGGUAUAUGGACUUAAUCAUACUUUAUGUGCAAUAGAUAAUGUAAGAGCCCCUCCACAACCUAAAUGUGUAGCAAGAAUUCAUUUAUAUUCUGAUAUGUGGAAAUACUUUGAUCAAGGUUUAUAUAAAUUUCUUAUAAGAUACAUUUAUGUACCUUUGUUAAAAUUAAAUUUCAGCAAAUUAAUUGCUUCUUUUUUAUGUUUUACAUUUAUUUUCAUAUGGCAUGGAAUGCAAACAAACAUUUUUAUUUGGGCAUUCUUGAAUUUUAUAGGAUUAAAUAUUGAAAGUUUAAUUAAAUCAGGUGAAAAAAAUAAAUAUUAUUCAAAUGUACAAAAAAAAUAUCUAUCACAAGUAAAUUUCAGACGUUUCAAUUGUAUUUUAACAAGCCCAUUAUUAGCCAUGUCAGUAAUAUCCAAUUUUUAUUUUUUUGUUGGAGAAGAAAUUGGAAAUAUUUACAUCUAUAGAAUAUUAUAUGAUACAUGGUACAGUAAAUUCAUUUUACUGUUCUUUCUUUAUUGCUGUUGUCAAGUCUCUAUAGAUAUAAAAAAUUGGGAAUUACGAAAAUAUUCAAAACUAUAAAACACUAGAAAUUCCACACUAUUAUACAAAAUAUUUUGAAAAAUUAUUCAUUGUUCAUAAUUAUAUUAUCAAAUAAUUUUUAAUCAUUUUAUUAUUUUAAGUACA